AUGACCGUUCUGAGCAAGCCGCUGCCCCUGGAGAUAUGGAUAAACAUCGUCGAGUUGCACGACCGCAGGGCGGAUGCGAGCACCUUGCGUGCCCUUUCUCGCUGUUGCCGCGCCCUCGCUUGCUUAUGCCAACAGAUCCUCUUCAGGGACCUCUACAUUCCCCGGAGUUAUGGAUUCCCGUCACGUCGAGCCGGCGCGCUCGCCCGUCUAGAAGACGCCUUCACCCAAUCCCCUCAUCUCGCCACGUUUGUGCGCAAAGUGCGCUAUACGAUCGAGGACGAGGACGCAGAUAACACAACGGUUCACUGGGUCUUGAACCACCUCACUAACAACCUCUCCGACGUCAAGAUUCAAUACAUUUCCAAGACACCAAGAACGCGAUACCUCGACUGGGACACGCUCGAUGCGCGACUACGCUCGUCCAUCACGCACGUCGUCGAAUCUCUUCAUCUGAAAACCCUGUCUCUCUUGUGGAUCAAGAAUAUGCCUUUGUCGGUUUUCGGAUCCCUGUCCUCGAAUCUCACGAAGAUGAUGCUCCACGGUAUCGAGGUGAAAAUACAACCAGAUUCCGAAGAACUUGAAAGCACCAAUUCUGACGAUACUCCAAGCCGGGUAGACCUGGGACAAACUAAGAAGAGGCGACUCCCGCAAAUUAAGAGUUUGGAAUACUUCUAUCACGAUACGGAUGGCGUGUUAGCCUCCCGCCCGUUUUUAUUCGACUUUGAGCAGCUUAAGUUCCUCCGUAUCAGCUGGGGGAACGAGCACCAAUGCGCGCUAGGAAAGGAACUUAUGAAGGAGGCGACUAGACUCAAAGGUCUACUGUGUGCAGUCGACUCUCCGCAGAAAUCGACGGCAGGACUGGCAAAAGCCAUGCUGGACUGCAGUUUGGAUACCAGCCUUGUGUUACUGAUGAUUGGACUCUCGCACAAAGACGUCUCAUCAGCAAUCCUGGACCCGGACCCGGACGUGUACGACUUGUUCUUAGGGCUCAUUGAAGAACUCAAGCUCCUUGCAGGCAAGAACACCGUGAACACCCUUAAGGUUCAUUUCGACACUACUAAGCGUGCCCGCGAGAGUCUCAUGGGCUGCCUAAGACGGCUCGACGAGGUCAUCACCCGUGAGGUCUUCCCGCACCUCGAGCGCUUUGAUUUGGAGUUCUGGGUCGAUUGCUCAGGACCAUACGAACCGUACACGGCACCCGGGUCGGAGAAUGCCUGGGCCAAGCGGUAUCGCACCCAGUGCCGUGGAGUGUCUGCGAUACCGGGGCUCAGAUUUGACUGUCAAGUGGUUUUUGUAGACGACUCGUCCUGA